AUUUGUCCAUGGGCAAAGUGUGUGUGUGAGUGAGAGAGCUGCGGUGACGGCAGCACUGACCUACUGACGUCUCAUUCCAUCCCGAGGGUCCAUGGGGGGGUGGGCUGUGCAGGUGUAUAAAAGAGCUGAGAGGCGCGCAAAGAGAGUCAUCAUCAUCAUCACAACGAGGAAAGACCACCAGCACAGCGGGACUGCAGAGUAUUUACGACACUUUCUUUAGAGCACAAGUGGUGUAAAGAGAUGUCACAACGGGGUGGCCACCAGCUUCUUCUCCUCUUUGCCCUCUUCAGCGUACUCUACUCCAGGACUCUAAGUCUGCCAUACACGUCUCUGAGACAAACGAGACACGCUGACGGUCUUUUCACCAGCGGCUACAGCAAACUCCUGGGUCAGCUCUCGGCGAGAAGAUACCUGGAGUCUCUGAUUGGAAAACGAGUCAGUGACGAGCUGAUGGACGAGCGGGUGAAGCGCCACUCGGACGCCGUUUUCACAGACAACUACAGCCGCUUCCGCAAACAGAUGGCCGUCAAGAAAUACCUGAACUCGGUCUUGACGGGGAAGAGGAGUCUAGAAAAUCCUGGAACGAGCGACCAGGAAGAGUCCAGGGAAGAGCCUGACACCUUCCAGGAGACCUACGACGACAUCAACGUCGAUCACCUGCUAAAUAACUUCCAGCUGCCGCUUUGAGGAGAGGUCCGAUCCGGAGUCAUUGUGGUGAAACCAUCCGUUCCAGCAACAACACAGCAUUCACCCAAAGAUCUAAACAAGCAAGGUUGACGUCUUCUUCAGUGUGGUUCUAAUCUACCGUAGUUGUGUACACUUCUCGUCUCUAAUUGAUGACUCCACAUGAACACCAACUAAUUUGGCCUUUUCCCAAAGCAUUGACUACAAGUAGCUUUUAAUCUAUUCUUCCGGAAAUACAUACUAAAAAAAACAGUCAUUAGAACCUCAUAUUAGGAACCUAAGUACAGACAAUAAACCCAAACUAAGGUCUGCGACCAUAAAAAACGCAGACCAACCAAACAGUUUUCGAGAAUCCCAGCCAAACGGAUGAAGAGGAGCGCCUUUGAAAUGGACCCGGAUGCAUAUAAUCACUUUAUACUACUCGACUUGUAGAGAAAACAAAGUCCUACCAGUGCAUGGACCUGCCUUUAGCGCAUAAUAGUGACGAUGUAUGUACACCACUCACCAAAUAAAAGAUGUUGGUUUUAUUUUUCAAAGCUGA